GAAAGGUAAUUGAAACCAACCUAAAGCUCUUUUUUUCAUUAUUCUAAAGGCAGAUCUGAUUAUUGCUAACUUAAGUAUCGGAGUGUUUACCCUGAGGACCCACCUCGGGGCUUUGCAGGUUCAUUUGGAGUGAAGACAUGGACUGAAGAAGGAAUUCUAGUUUGGUGCAAUUACAUUGGCGUCGUCUGUGGGAAUCGAGUUAAAAGCCUUUUUGUUGCUUUCUCAUCAUGGUCAACUCUCGAUCCGUCCGAGCUGGAAGUCAGGCUCAACCUCUUGGGCAGGGUCAAGUUCACUACCCCAACAACCUCCCACCUCAGAUCCCAAAUCCACUCCCUCCUGUUGAACAUGCAGAAGGAGGAGAUGAAAAUCAACCUCACAACUCAGCUCACAAUUCAACUUCCACCCCUAACCAAGGAGAUGCAGUCAUAGCUCAGCUUUUAGCUCGGAAUAAUCCUGUCCUCGAAGUCAACUCAUUCAACCAAGCCGUAGGAAUUGCGGCUGUAAUUCAAGGUCUCCAACACGAGAGAAUCAGAGAUACCUUAAUUAAGCAUCCUGCGGCUAUUUUUAAUGAGUGGAAGAAGGAGAGGAAAGGUAACGGCGAAAGGCUGAGAUCUGGGGAGGCAGUUGUGGAGUCGCCGACAGCUGAGAUCGGGGAGGGUGUGCAUUCUGGUUUUGCUUUUGCAGAGACAAAGGACUGGAAGCCGCAGACGGAGGCCACGAGUGAGCAGCAGGUUCCCGAUUUCUGGCUGAGAUCCGAGGAGGCAGUUGUGGAGUCGUCGAUGGCUGAGAUUGGGGAGGCACAACAUUACAAGAUAACCAAGAGGUGGCUAGACAUUGCUAUGUUACCUCGAUCACAAGGCCCCAGAAAGGCAAAGAUUAGACAUCAGAAACCAUUCCCCAACAAGUUCAUGAAAAUCAGCAGAUAUCAAAAUAGGAAGACACAAAUUGGAACUUGGUUGAACCCAAAGGAAAGAACAGAGCUAAUAGCUUUCCUCCGAGCUAACAAAGAUGUCUUCGCUUGGACCUCAGUAGACAUGCCAGGGAUUCCAACCUCAGUAUCUCAACAUAAGCUCAGCACCAAUCCAUUGAAGAAACCAGUAGCCCAGAAGCAAUGCCUCUUUGGGGGGGAGAGGUUUCAGGUUAUAAAGGAAGAAAUAAAGAACCUCCUGAAUCUUAAGGUUUAUGUCGAUGACAUUGUGGUAAAGAGCCUGAAAGUAGAGGAUCAUCUAGCUGACCCCGCUGAAACAUUUAACAACUUCAGAAAAAACAUAAUGCGGUUAAACCCAGCAAAGUGCAUUUUCGGUGUGGAGUAUGGGAAAUUUCUAGGCUUCAUGGUUUCCACGAGGGGAAUCGAGGUUAACCUAGAAAAGAUCAAAGCAAUAGCCAAGAUGGAAUCGCCGAAGUUGGUGAAAGACGUACAGAGAUUAACCGGGAAGGUGGUAGCUCUUCAUAGAUUCAUAUCGAAAUCAGCAAAUAAGUGCUUGCCAUUUUUCAAGAUCAUGAGAUCAGCAGCCCAGAAGGAUGAAUUUGGCAAACAGAAGAAAUUUGAAUGGAACUCACAAUGUCAAACUGCAUUCGAUGAGCUAAAGUCUUAUCUUAGCUCACAUGUUUUGCUGACAAAAGCUAUAGAUGAGAAAUCCUUUAUUUGUACCUCGCCACGUGUUUCGCUCUUCCUCAUCUUCUUCUUCUCCCCGAUGCUCUGCCUCCCGAAAGUCCCCCCUAAAGCCGCUGAAGCUUCCCCCGGUAAAGAGCUUGAGUUUUCCCUUUUCUUUCUUGAUGGAGAACAAGGUUUAAACCCAGAAAUUUCCUUCCAGCCACUUGCACGUUCUGCUCUUCUUCUUCCUCGCCCCUGUAACCCGAGAAAGAAGCCAGCUGCCGGUGACAUCUCCCUUGAGAAAACCGGUAAAGCUUGGUGAUUUUCUCUUCUUUCUUGUUCAAUAACAAGAUUUAGGACUUAGAACACUCUCCUAAACCCAGAAAUUUCCAGAUCUGCGUUGCUCUGCGUCUUCCUCCUCUGCUGUCCGCGAAUUUCUGCUGCUAUGUACGAAUUUCUGGGCAUUUUUCUGCACCGUGAGUCUUCCCUGCAGAUUUGCCGCUGGCCUCUUCCCCUCGCCAGGUCGGGUUCUGCAGCUGGAAAAUUUUGGGUAGUAUGACCCGAGACACGGAAAUCAAGGGGAGUGACGAGCUAAUUGGCUAGCUAUUGCAUUUGGAUAUAGAUUUUGAGUUUAGAUUGUGCUUGUAAGUUAGAUUCAUUAUUUUGAGUUUAAGUCAUGUUGGACAUAGAUUUAUGGAAUAUAUAUUAUCAUUUUUGGAAGAUAGAUUGUACCUUGAAUUUUAUGGUAUUAAAACAGAUUUUGGGAG